AUGGCACCGCCAAAAAAGCGCAGUGCUCCCAAAGACGACGAUUUCGUGCUUACACUUUCCGAUGAUGAGAACGAUGCAUUUAAAGACAUCAAUGAGGACGGAGACAACCAUGUAGACAAAGAAACGGCGAAUUCAACCAUCAAGAAGCGCAAGAGGGACACGGCGGAGACAACACAAAGCAAGAGCAAGAAACAGAAGCCAUUGAAAAACGGGAAACAACAGAAGAAGACAGGUGAAGAGGCUGUAUCUGAAUCGGAGGAAGAGCCAGAGGAGGAAGACGAUACUGGGGAGGAUGAUGGGGCACUGAAUUCGGAUUUCGAGUUUGACGUCGGCGCUGCAGCUCAGAAGGACGUGGUUGAAGGGUUCGAUGGAUGGGGAUUGGAUGAUACGAAAGACGGUACAAAGAAGAAUGGCGAUAAACAAGGAGUGGACAUUGACGAGAUCAUAUCGAGAAGACAAGCGAAGAAAGAGGCCCAAUCGAAAAAGAAGCAGAAGAAACAGAAGGUUGAGAGUGAAGAUGAGGGUAGUGAAAACGAGAGUAAUGCCUCGGAUGGGGGCAUGUCUGUGGAUUUCCAGGACGAUGAAUUGAUGGCUGAAGAUGCGUUCGGCAUGGGUGCUGACGGCGAGGAUGAGAGCGGCCAGUCUGAUGCUCAAGAGUCAGCCAGUGAAGAUGAGCAUGCAGGCAGCGAUGAUGAGAACAGCGAUGAUGAAGAUGAUGAUGCCGCCUCUGACAACGACUCUGUCGCAACCCCCGUCCAACAUCCCGAUGAUGUUGCUUCAGACAACGAUGGCUCAGAUGCCGAGAGUGAGGUUGAUGCGGAAGAAGAAGCAAAGCGCAAGGCCUUCUUCGCACCUGAGGAGCAGACCAGCGAACAAUCUGCAGCUGAGCUGUCUAAGAGGUCAUUCCAGGAAUUUAACCUGUCCCGGCCCAUUCUGCGUGGAUUGGCUGCGGUCAACUUCACAAACCCGACUCCCAUUCAGCGCAAGACAAUCCCCGUAGCACUUCUCGGCAAGGAUAUUGUUGGUAGUGCGGUGACCGGUUCAGGAAAGACGGCUGCCUUCGUUGUUCCCAUCCUCGAGCGUCUUCUGUUCCGCCCCCGAAAGGUCCCUACUAGCCGUGUUGCGAUCCUGAUGCCUACUCGUGAACUGGCUGUACAGUGCUACAAUGUGGCUACCAAACUGGCUACUUAUACUGAUAUCACUUUCUGCCAACUUGUUGGUGGUUUCAGUCUCCGCGAACAAGAGAAUAUCCUGAAGAAGCGCCCCGAUGUUAUCAUUGCCACGCCUGGUCGCUUCAUUGACCACAUGCGUAACUCGGCGAGCUUCACCGUUGAUACACUCGAGAUUUUGGUCUUGGAUGAAGCCGAUCGGAUGUUGGAGGAUGGUUUUGCAGAUGAGCUGAACGAAAUUUUGACUACCAUCCCGAAGUCACGGCAGACGAUGCUCUUUUCAGCAACCAUGACCGAUUCAGUCGACAAGCUUAUUCGAGUGGGGCUUAACCGGCCUGUACGGCUGAUGGUUGACUCUAAGAAGAACACCUCCAUGAACCUGGUUCAGGAAUUCGUGCGUUUACGGCCUGGAAGGGAGGAUAAACGAUUGGGAUACCUUCUUCAUCUAUGCAAGGAGGUUUACACGGGACGGGUCAUUGUGUUCUUCCGGCAGAAAAAAGAAGCACAUCGUGUACGGAUUGUCUUUGGACUCAUUGGAUUGAAAGCUGCUGAGCUUCAUGGUAGCAUGAGUCAAGAACAG